UCCGUCAUAUCUAAGUGGUUAACUUGGUGUUUAUGCUUUGGGUGAUACAUUGUGUAUAUGUCUAUGUAUGGCGAAAACAUAUAUAAAAUUGUAAAUGCAUUCUAGUGGUUUCCGAGUACAAGUACGACAAACAGGAAUUCCAAAUCAGAGAGACGAUCAACCAUUCACUGAUGAGGUGAUCCGCUGUCAUAAUGACUACAGACAGAAACAUGGAGCACAACCGCUAAGACAUUCACCCGAGUUGUCCACGCAGGCGCAGAGAUGGGCGGAAGUGUUGGCUCAAACGAACACGUUCAAGCACAGCAGUGCCUCCAUCCGGGGAGAGAGUCUCGGAGAAAACAUCGCAAUGAAAUGGUCUUCUCUUCCCCAAGAUACAUACUCGGGUCAAGAGGUCACUGACCAGUGGUACAGUGAAAUAAAGUUGUACAGGUUUGGCGGAGAACCCCGGAAUCUGUCCGCAGGACAUUUCACACAAGUUGUCUGGAAAGGAAGUCGGGAAAUCGGAGUAGGAAAAGCGCGAUCCAAGGAUGGGAAAAUCUUGGUGGUGGCCAAUUACCGGCCGGCUGGUAACGUGAUUGGUAGAUUCUCAGAAAAUGUCCCUGCGCCCUCUGAUCGGGGGAUUCCACGCCGACUGGCGGGUAGUGGACCAAGCAUUCAAAAGGAAAGAACGCCUCUAACGUUCAAUUCACAUACAUCUGACAUUCCAAGAAAAAAAAUGGAGUCCAAGUCUACAAGGACGUUCACAGAAACCACCGGAAGUGGUGCCAACAAAGUUACGAAGACCGUUGUAGAGGAAACCAUCAUCAAAGCAGAUGGGUCAAAGGUCACCAACCGGAAAGAAACGAUAACUCGUGGUGAACAGGGCGGAGCUAGCGCCUCUGGACCAAUGAUGUUAGAGAGGGGGAGGGAGAAGGAAAAAGACGACAAAAAGGAUAAGGGGAGUGGGGUGUUAGGGAUUUUUAAGAGCAAGGAUAAGAAGAGAGACUCGUCCAGUUCAAGUUCAGGGUCGUCUCAAGAGCGGUCCAAGAAACCGCAGUCCAUCAAAGCAUUUAUCGACGAAUGUGUCAAGGUCCACAAUAAGUACAGGAAAAAGCAUGGAGUCUCAUCCCUCAGUCACGCCAAGGAUUUGAGUGCAUUUGCUCAAAAGUGGGCGGAACACCUUGCAGCCUCAAAUUCAUUUCAACACAGCGACUGCAUGCACAAAGGGGACCGACUGGGGGAGAACAUCGCUUGUAAAUGGUCCUCCUCAGGGGGAGAUUACUCGGGAAAGGAGGUAUGCGACCAGUGGUACAGCGAGAUCAGUAAACACGAUUUUAAAAUCGAACCAAGAUCAACGGGGACAGGUCAUUUUACUCAAAUGGUAUGGAAAGGAAGUAAAGAAAUUGGAGUGGGAAAGGCCAAAACCUCUGGGGGUAAGGUGAUUGUGGUGGCGAGUUACCGACCCGCAGGGAACCUCGUGGGAUCCUACAAGGAAAAUGUCAACCCCCCAAAGUAGCUUUCAUGUAUAUACAAUGUCAUAUAUUUUGUUAUCGUUAUAUAUAAUACACUAAUAAAAUAUGCAACAUCCCUUUA